AGCCAGCUGUGUAUACACGCGUUGCACGUUGCGUUGCACGUUGCAUACGCAUACCCGGAGCGGUAUCGUUCGAAGAUGAUGCGGAUCGCGUUCGUGUUCGUGCACGAUUUUUUCGGUAUUUUCGGAGUAUAUUCGUCGCGUCGCCUCGUACUCGUACCGUUCGCACGCGACGCUGUGUAGAAAGAGAGCCUGAGCCAAGUGGGUACUGUUCCCUCGCGGUAUUUGUAAACACAGCCAGCAAAUCUGGAUGAGACCAGGGAGAGGAUGAUCGCCGCCUCAGAACCGGUGGAAUACAAGCCAGGUGGCCAAGAAAUAAUCGAAAAGCAUCCUGGAUCCCUGAUCAGUCAGCAGCUGUCCAAUAAUCGAACGGUUGGUGGAGAAAAUGUUCUAUUAAAAAGAUUUAGCGAAGUAAAUAUAUCGGAUAAGUCUCCUGAAGAGACAUGGUUGGUACGCAGUAAUAAAAUAUGUGAGGAGGAAGAGUUAUAUUACUCGGGGAAAGUAGCGGUUCACUGUAAGGGAAAUCAGACUACUCGAGUGCUUAAAGCAACUUACACUUGUGAAACGGAUAUUAAGCAUGCGCUUUGGUGUACCUUUCACACUAGUAUCCCGGAUCACUUGACCAAGAGUAAAGAACAUGAAAUUGAUGGUUCGUCAGUCGACAGAUCUAUAGAGUGUAUUUGCUUGCUUGACUCCUAUACUCUUAAAGUUUUUACAGAAAAUGGCGAAGACUAUGUUUCUGCUUUGCAAUUUCAGGUCUCCGCCGUUUGGCCGACAAAAUAUGGGAUUAUACUUGAAAAGUCUCAAGUGCCAAUUACAGAUUCGAGAUAUGUAUCAUUUGAAAGCAGCCGAUUACCAGCGCAACAAGAUAAUAAUUUACCAGUGGCCUUUUCAUUGAUGCAUCCAUUAGAUGAAAUUUGCCCUUUACUUAUUAAGCAUGGAUCUGUGUCGUAUAUGAACGAGUCGAGUCAGCAGAUCAUAUUUACUAGUUCAGAGCCAUCCUUUGCGGUAGUAUACGAUACGAAGACGGGCUUGCAUUCAAUUUACAAAAUUCGCAAAGCGUCAGCCGAGGAAUGUCAAAUAGUUUGUGGAAGUAACGACACGAUGAGUUUAUUCAAUCAUUCAACAAAUAUGUCGCCAUUAAAUGUUGGCAGCAAUUUAUCCGCCAACAAAAGCUGCACUAAUAAGGGUCCUCUAAGUCCCUUUCUUUUUGGCAUUUCAAGCUUACAAAUAAAUAACACUGGUAUUAGUUUAGGAUUGUCUAAUACUCCGUUUGGAUCGCGUACUACCUCUUACAGUACCAAUUCGGGCGGGCCGUCACCUUCUCAGCAACAACAGCAUUCACGUUCACAAAGCUCGAUGGCUACCAUUUCUCGUUGCCAAUCACCUACGCAUUCGGUGGCUAUGUCUCCUCUGCUUGGAGCACCUGUAAACUCAAAUACCUACCAUAGCAGAUUACAUCAGACCCUCAUGGUAACUGCCUUGAAUCAAACGCAUAGUCCAGCUGUCAGUUACAAUAGCAUCCGAUUGAAAGAUAUUCCAACCGCGAGCAAACCUUUGUAUCCCGAAAUCUGUCUUGAACAUGUAUGGACAGAAAACGUUGGUUUGUCAAAAGAUACUGGUCGUGCAUCUAAGGUUUUUUUAACAUCAGACCUUGUUGGACAGAAUUACUUGGGCUAUUUGAUUCCGAAUCGUUCGCAACUGUCCUUAGUAAGAUUGGAAAAGACUAACAAACAACAGCAGAUCAUUUUCGGGAUGGUAACGAACAUUGUGGCUAAAGAUGCUAUCAGUUUAUCGAAUUUGCACAUGAUAGCAAUUGUGGAUUUGUCAAACGGAAUAGCGUUAUACACAGGAGUUACAUGCGUGGGCAAAUUGCACAUACCUGGGAUGCUCUCGAAUUUUACGGGCAACAAUUACUUUUUGUCAAAUAGUAAUCAUAAGCUUGGAUCUCCAUUUCCGAGACGAAGUUCCUUGAUUUCUCAGAGCUGCACAGCCUCGCACGAAAUUAAAUUGGAAGAAGCUUUACACCUACUGAGUCCCGUAAGUGGUAAUUGUGCUCGUCCGCCGAUACUGUUGGAAAAUUCAUUACUGGACACAAGCUUUCUCGCUUUAAAAGAAACUGUAGGCAAUGAGUUAACCUAUGAGGUAACCGUAGAAUGCGGAAAAAAGCAAUAUUUUCGUAUAACGUUGCCUGUUUCCAGUACAUCGCCUUUAGUCACUAAAUGUUUACAUACGUUACGAAGCGUUCUUCAAAAAGAUUUAGCAAUGCAAUUGCUGAUUAAAUGGUAUGGCGCUAGAAAUGCUCCAGGCCCACAAGACUUUUCGCCGGCGCAAGAAUGGGAUCUCUUUCUAAUAGUUCUGUUCACAUUAUUGGGAUAUGAUGUAGAAAAAUUACGUCUGAUGCGAAACAACGAAAAGGAUCAGUGUACAGAACGUAACAGCCCUAUGGUGCUACCCAAAAAGCAAAAGACUAGCAAUUGUGGAUCUACGGAUGAUUGGUUGUACAUAUUAAAUUCGAACGAAUAUAAAAAUUCUCGAACUUUUGCCUCGAAUGUGCUGAAGGGUCAGAAGAUAUCAAACUUUCUCGGCACGACGUCUCCAAGUGCAGAAUCGAGUAACGUUGGCAAAAUAAAUGUACAAGCCGUCCUGUUUCCACAUUUUCCACUAAUUUUAUUUUCUCUUCAUCUCUUGUACGAAGAAUUGAAAUUGAACAGCGUUAUAUCGGAAAGUCUGCCGUUGCUCGGGCAGUUAUUGUAUCAAUUGAGCAUGGAUCUGAAAUUCGAGAUGUACGCUCAUCAUUACUUUCUUGAUUCACCCUCGUUGUCGUAUCUAAAAACCAUGAAGUCUCAAAUCAACGAUUCAGACCUGCGGAAAAUAGCAUUUCCAAGUUACAUGCCUCGGAAACCACCAGGCAUAUUUGAAACGUUAAAUAUCAUGUUAGAUGGAGCGGAUGUAACUGCAUUCCCGUAUUUAAGCCACGUUAAUCCAAGAACGAGAAAUAUAGUGUAUCUAAUCGCGCUUAUAGCAAAUGAAAAUCGUGUUGAUGUAAUUGAAAUGGAGAAAUAUAUCAAAUUAAUUGUACCUGCUGGAAAUCGUAUUGAUCUUCAAGAAAGCGGAAGCAAAACUGACAAAGAGAUACUGAAGAAAUUGGAGAAACCCACAACGGAUAGGAUAAUAUUAUUAUAUCACGAGAUGGGUAUGAGAAAAGAAGACCUCGAGACAUUGCCACCUGCGGUAUCGUUGAUGAUAAAAGACGUUAUGCACAGAUGUAGAGAAAGUCCACCGUCGAAUUGGCCUAUGCAGGUGUACGAACUCAUAGAUCGCCAAGAUCUAGCCGUGUUAGAUAAGCAUUUAAAACCAUCAUCGAGAUUGCAAUAUACUGAUGGCGAAACGAGGGAUUACGCGAUAAAGGAUGAACAAGACGACGGCAUGGAAUUUGAUGAUAUGAUAUUAAAGUUACGAUUUAGUAAGGAUCAUAGAAUUGCUGAGGUGCGAAGGUUGCUUAAUUCCUCGAAACCAAUGAGGAUAGCGAUAGUUCAAAGAUCGAACGUAAGCGAUCACGAGUUUAUAGAGGAGCAGGAAAGACACUUGCUCACGUUAUGCACGAGAACAAUGGCAUUACCUGUGGCUAGAGGCAUGUUUACAUUGAGAACUUCCACCCCGAUGAUAACGGAGCAAUUACCCAUUCCACGAUUGUGUCUAACUGGCAAAGCACCGCCCCGUGGAACUACCGUUGAGUUAACUCACAUAGACGUUCCGCCAAACAUGAAUCUGUGGCCGCUGUUUCAUAACGGCAUAGCUGCGGGCCUGUGUAUUCAUCCGGAUGCUGCGAACAUCGACUCGACAUGGAUAGUGUACAAUAAACAGCAACAGGGUGAAUAUGGGGUAGAACACUCAGGAUUUCUGAUGGCUCUCGGUUUAAACGGACAUUUGAAGAACUUAGCUCCUUUAAGUACAUACGAAUAUCUAGCCGAUUGUCACGAAGCCACUAGCGUUGGACUUUUGCUGGGCUUAUCAGCAACGCAUCGUGGCACGAUGAACGUAUCUAUGACUAAAUUAUUAUCGUUACACGUGGAAACGCUCCUGCCACCAACGAGUAUCGAAUUAAAUGUACAACAGAAUGUCCAAGUAGCGGCACUAAUGGGAGUUGGUCUGGUGUAUCAAGGAACUGCGCACAGACAUAUCUCGCAUGCUUUAUUAUCUGAGAUUGGCAGGCCGCCAGGACCUGAAAUGAAAAACUGUGUGGACCGCGAGUCAUAUUCCUUGGCAGCGGGAUUAGCAUUAGGUCUGGUAGUACUUGGCUCUGGUGGUGGAACAGAUGUACCUGCAAGCAUACCUGAUACUUUACACUAUUACAUGGUCGGUGGGCACAUAAGACCUUUUUCUGGAGCACAGAAAGAUAAAUACAAGUCUCCCAGUUAUCAGAUACGUGAAGGUGACUCGAUAAAUAUCGACGUAACAAGCCCAGGAGCAACGAUAGCUUUAGGAUUAAUGUAUUUUAAUACCGGAAAUCGUGCGGUAGCCGAAUGGAUGCAGCCACCCGAUACACAGUAUCUAUUAGAAUUUGUGAGGCCAGAUUUCCUACUGUUAAGAGUGCUCGCCAAGUCGCUGAUCUUGUGGGACGAUAUCGAGCCAACCAAGUUGUGGGUUUCUAGUCAUGUGCCGAAUAUCGUUUAUAAAUACAGAUUGCAAAAGCCUACGCCGGAAGUCACGCAGAACGUGGAUUUGGAAACUAUCAACCAAGCGUACUGCAACAUUAUAGCGGGUGCUUGUAUGGCACUGGGACUGAAAUAUGCAGGCACUGCCAAUAAGAACGCUUUCAAGACUUUGUAUAAUUACGCUCAGAUGUUCACGGCGUUGUCGCACAAAACUAUAGCCGAAUUGGCUGGCAAAUCGACCGUUGAAACAUGCCUAAACGUUGUUCUGCUUUCAACCGCCGUGGUGAUGGCGGGCACCGGCAAUUUAGACAUUAUGAGGAUAUGCAGACACAUACGCACUCGCAUAGGACCCGCCAGCGGCGUAGUCACAUACGGUUCUCAUCUGGCAACCCACAUGGCUCUUGGUCUCCUUUUUCUGGGUGGUGGAAGAUAUACACUUUCUAACAGUCCGAAUGCAGUUGCCGCUCUUAUAAUUUCACUUUUCCCAAAGUUUCCAACCCACAGCAAUGACAAUAGGUAUCAUUUACAAGCGUUGCGGCACUUAUAUGUGUUAGCAGCUGAACCACGUAUUAUCUUACCGAGAGACAUAGAUACUGGUCAGUAUUGUUACGCGACAAUACAUUUAACAUUCGAGACUGACAAAGAAGCCGAAGGCCAAGAGAUCAGUCUACAAGCGCCCUGUUUAUUACCACAGUUAUGUAGUUUGAAGAAAAUUGAAUUGAAAGAUUCAAGAUACUGGAAAAUUACAUUUUUAAAACAUCACAAUUGGCAGCAACUAGAAAACAUGCUGGAAAGACAUGAUUUCUUAAGUAUCAAGCAGAGAGCUGGUUGCUUAUCGUAUCUGGAAGAUCCUCAUGGUUUUAGAAGCUUAGUGGCUCAAACUCUAACAACAGAAAAUGCAAUCGCAUGGGCUGCACGGCCAGAGCAUGUCACAUCGUUUACAAAUGAUAAAACUGUGUUGAACAUAGUGACGUAUUUUUUGCAAUGGUCUAAAAAAGGAAUGGUUCGUUCCGAAUGUAUCAAGUAUUCAUCGCAAAACGAUGUGCAAUGCAAAAUGCCAGAAUUUGAACAGUACUUUCUUCAUAUAUUCGCAAUAAUUGUGUACGAAUGCAUUACAAAAGAUAAAGUAAGUCUUAUACCAUCGUGGUUGCACAUAAUUAAAAGUAUAAAAAUUAUUGAGGAACAACCGAACAGCUUUGCGAUAUGGCAAAUAAAGCUACUUUCGUCACAAAUAUCGAGAAGAAACAACUUUGCGGAUGACGAAAAUCCAUUGUUCAGCAUAGAAAGUAUGCUCGCGAUUAAACAGAAAACAGCGAUCAUUUUGGAUAAAUGGGAACACGAAAUGAAAUCUGUGUUUAAAGAAUAUCUUACAAACGGAAUGGUGCAGGCUGAUACCACAACUCUAGCUAAAAUGUGUGCAUAUUUUAUAUUCUAUGGCAUACCAUAUCCGAUCGAGGAUAAAUCAAUUUUGAAUUCGGUUACGACAACGCAGUGUUCUUCUAGUACACCAAAUAUUACACUGUAUAAAUUGCGCAAGAUUUUACAGACAGUUUAAAGGUUUAAACUGUCAUUAUGUAAAGUCAUUAUUUAAUAUAAAAAUACAUGUACUAUAUAUAUAAUAAAAACGUUGAAAA